AUGGACAAGCAGGCAAGCCAAGGUACAGCAAGUUGUAAGCCUUUAACGACUUUUGUGCAAACAGAUACAAAUGCUUUCCGAGAGGUUGUGCAGCGGUUGACAGGCCCAUCAGAGAAUGAUGCAGCACAGGGAGCAGCAGCUGCAAAGGUUGCAGGUAUGAGGAAAUCAGCAUCUAAACUCCAUGAAAGAAGGCAGUAUACAAGGCCCAAGCUUGUGAUAGUUAAACCACCUGUCAACUUCAAACCUUUGACUUCUCCAACCACAUCAAGAAAUCCUUUUCUCCCAAGUCCCGUAAGCACCCCUUCUACAAUUUUUUUAAACCUAUCAAUAGAGGAACAAGAAAAUAAAGGAGAAACAGGGACUUGUGAUUUAAAUAGUGAGGAAGAAGAGAAAGCAAUCAAAGAGAGGCGGUUUUACUUGCACCCAUCACCUCGGUCUAAACCAGGAUACACAAAAUCAGAGCUACUUACUUUGUUUCCUUUGACAUCCAACAAAACAAUUUAG